AUGGCUUUGAGCUCUAACGUUAAUAAAAUAAUUUCGAUUUUGAUUUGGAGGCGAUCGGAGACUAAUAACGAAGCAGUUGUUGAUGGCUUUUUCAGCCGUGGUGGACACACCAAUAAUUGGGCUGUACUGGUAUGCACCUCUCGUUUUUGGUUCAAUUAUCGCCAUAUUGCAAAUACAUUAUCAAUGUAUCGUACAGUGAAGAGACUCGGCAUUCCAGAUUCAAACAUUGUCCUUAUGCUUGCGGAUGACGUUGCUUGUAAUCCUCGAAACGUAUUCCCUGCCACAGUUUUUAACAAUGCAGGAAGAUAUCUGGAUCUUUAUGGAGAUAACGUCGAAGUCGAUUAUAGAGGUCGUGUUGAACCUGAUACACCUCGAUCUAAACGUUUGUUAUCUGAUGACCGAUCAAAUAUUUUGGUAUAUAUGACUGGUCAUGGUGGUAAUGAAUUCUUGAAAUUUCAAGAUGCGGAAGAAAUCAGCAGCUUUGAUUUGGCUGAUGCUUUCGAACAAAUGUGGGAAAAGCGAAGAUAUCAUGAAAUCUUGUUUAUGAUUGAUACUUGUCAAGCAAAUACUAUGUACGGUCAAAUAUACUCUCCAAACAUCUUAGCUACGGGUAGCAGUAAGCUUGGUGAAAAUUCUUAUUCACAUCAUAUGGACACUGAUAUUGGAGUAGCUGUUAUUGAUCGCUUUACAUAUUACAACCUUGAAUUUCUUGAAAAGAUAGAUAUGCAAAGUAAAUCAACUUUACAAGAUCUUUUCGAUUCAUAUGACCCAUCGCUGAUACACUCAACUCCUGGAGUACGCAGUGACCUUUUUCGGAGACCCCUGGAUAAGGUUUUGGUGACAGACUUUUUUGGUAGUGUACAAAAUGUUGAACUUAUGGGGCAGAAAUAUAAUCUAUCGAAUUCAGAAACCAAUGAUGACACGACGUUGCCACUUAAUAUGUCAAAUGCCGAACAGACAACUUUGAAUGAGGAUCCAAUAAAAUUUGAAAAAACGACGUCACGAAAUUUUCACCUUUUUAAAAUGAAUUCUCGACAAACUUCUUCAUCAUUACCACAGUUUUUAAUAGCCAGCAUCCUGUUUGGUUUAUUGAUUAGAUGGGAGACACUGUUAAGAACGAUGCAGACCAAUGCAAACCAAGAUCCCGCACCUCAAGACUUACCAACAACCGCUUUUUUGGAAAAAGUCUUGACAGAAAUUGAAUCAAACAGUCCUUUAAAUCUUGUUCCUGUAACCGACGCCUUUCGACAAGUUUUCGUGACACGCGUUUCGUUUAUAGAAAGUAGAUGUAUGAAAACUUGGUUAUUUUCACGACUUGUAGAGCUGGUUGGUGUGGUUUAUCCUUCUUAUCGUUCAAUCAAAGCCAUUCAUCAACAACCUUCCAAUGAAAAUGAAAUAAUUGAAGAACAAAAACAGUGGUUAACUUACUGGACCGUUUAUGGUUGGCUUCAAAUAGCUGAUUUUUGGUCAUCUCGACUUCUUAGCUUGUUACCAGGUUAUAAUUUUUUCAAACUAAUAUUUCUAUACUGGGCUCAAAAUGAUCAAUCAAGAGGUGCUACUUUACUUUUUGAACACGUUUUGCGACCAUUGUUACGUAAACCACAAUCUAAAUUAAAUACGACUGCUCAAAAGCAGCAGACAACAAAAUGGCAACAGAGUGAUCAACAACGGUUUGUCAAGAUGGAUGAUAAUUCUUCAGGUCCUCCGGAUGUUGUUUAUAGAAAUGACCUUUCACCUGAAGAAAUUUGGAGACGCAAUCCAAGAGAGCGUGAAAGCGAGGUUCAACCGUAUCGUCUAAAUCAUGCUACUUGA